AUGUACAAAACAAUACGGCACGGCGAGAACAGUUUGCAAUAUACAAUUUUGCCGCAAAACGACGAUUUUCGGAUUGAGGGCAAACUGACAAACGCCAGCUGCUUGGCAGCAAACGCUUCCGCAUCCGCGUCCAAUACGUCCGCCACGUCCUGCACGCCCGGGCCGGGCGGCAAGCGCAGCUCAUCGGCGUCGCCACGCAGACGUCGCACAUUCUUUGCAUAUCUGGGCCUGAUCUUUGUCUGCACGGUUAUCAUUGGCGCCGUGCUUAUACCGUUUCUGGUGUCCGCCGAGUGCUUGCCCAGCCCCGCUGAAUGGUUCCUCAAAACGAAGGCGGCGUUCACGCACAGUGGCAGCGGCGGCGAGCGACAGCUGCCGCAUAUUGCAGCCGGAAAAGCGGCAACAGCUGCGGCUCCAGCUCCGCCAGUGGCGGCCAUUUUGGGUCAGAAUGUUGGCAAAACCGUGCAGAUUGUCAAGCACGAUGGCAUUGAGCAGUUCGUCUUAAAGCUUGACAAAACUGCGCCAACAACAACAACAACAACCACAACAAUCGCAGCAGCAACCGCAACAACAACAACAACAUCUGGCAUGCAGACAACUGAACAACAUCUUCCGGCUAACACCGUACGGUCAGCCUUGCCGCCAGCAACAUAUUCAACACUGGCAACAGUUGCCACCACCACCACCACCACCGCCGUCCCAUCGGUUAGCAAUCGCCUGGCCGCAACCAUAACCACGCGCAUUAUACAAGUACCGCUGCUCAAGUCGGCAGCCAAGAAGCCCAUCAUGCCGCCCGUGCUGGCCAAGACCCAGAGCACACAGCUGCAACAGCAGCAGCAGCAACAGCAGCAGCAGCAGCAACAACAACAAUUGCCUGGCAACGAGGCUGUGGAGCAGAACAGAAGCAACAGCGCUUGGAUGAACACACGCUGGGCCUACAUAGAUCCAUCCACAUACGUCCAGUGGUCGGGCUACAAGGCUGAGGAUAGCGUGCUGUUGCCCGCAUUGCUUGGAUUUGCACUCAUUGGCAUGAUUUUAAUUAUAACGGUCUGCCUGGUGGCACGCAACAAGCGCACCAUUGUGUCCUCUGUGCGCAAGCGGAAUCGUAACGAUAUUGAGGAGCAAGGCGCCGAAGAUAAUGCCACACUGCUUACAACAACAAAUCUGUCCGACGAUGAUUAAUUGAACUGUAAAAUAUAUACAAAACAAAAGCAUCAAUAUAAACAGUAAAACAAAUGUUCAUCCCCUUUACUUUGGUCGCUUAUUGAUGGCUUUUUGUUUCUCAAUUUUAUUUAACGUUUGUAUCUACAUAUUUUUAUGAUAUAUAUACAA